AUGGCCGACCGUGAGCAGCCGUACGACCCCUACAUUCCCUCCGGGGGCAACGCCAACCAGGGCGCUCAAGGACAGGGUAAUCAGCGCACGCAGGCCUUGCAAGCGGAAAUCGACAGCACCGUCGGAAUCAUGCGGGACAAUAUCAAUAAGGUGUCGGAACGAGGAGCGCGUCUGGACUCGCUGCAGGACAAGACCGAUAACCUCGCCGUGUCCGCCCAGGGCUUCCGAAGGGGCGCCAAUCGUGUGCGCAAGCAGAUGUGGUGGAAGGACAUGAAGAUGCGCAUGUGUCUCAUCGUCGGUAUUAUCAUCCUCCUCGUCGUCAUCAUUGUCCCCUCUGUCGUUGCUACGAGAUAA